GCGGUCCUUGUAGUGUUCAGCCGUUGUUUCACACCGGACAUAUUUUGGAAGCGGCACUGCAACCAUGGACGAGGUGUCCCAGCGUGUUUUGGAGUAUUUGACUGAAGUUGAAGAGGCAGCUGAAGAUGUUCUCACCACUAAACAGCAGAUUGUGGACCUGGACACAAAGAGAAACAGGAACAGGGAGGCACUUAAUGCACUGAAACAUGAUGUAGCAGAUUCAGAGAAAGUCAAGGUUUGCUUGGGAAGCAUGUUUAUCAAAUUCCCCAAAGCCAAGACAAGAGAGAUGAUUCAGAAAGACCAGGAGCAGCUGGACAAAGAGAUAAAUGAGCUUCGCAAAGGGCUGAAAGCAAAAGUGAAUCGUCUCAAUGAGAUGCAAGGAAAACCUGAGCUGAGAGGCUACAGUCUUUCUCCUCUGUCCACUGAUGAAAUCAGAGCUAUUAACAGCCUUUUAAAGAGAUGACCGGAAUUCAACAAAUCAAUGCAUCUGGGGACAAAUGCCACAUGUUGACAUGUUGACUGCAGCACUCAGUUGUUCAGAUAGGAGCACAAUGUGCCAGAGCUUCAAAUACACAUUUGUUAAGAUGAGACACACACACAAAUUACAGUAGGAGGAUUAGGUUGAAUGAUGGCUCGAAUGUCAGCUCAGCCUGGGAAAAGAGGAGAUUCGUUGGUGUGGUUAGAACUUUAUCUUACUAAAGUAUAUUUUAUACAACCAUAUUAAAGAAUGGAAGAAGUUCAUGGUCUUCCCAAUUACUUCUUUAAACAAUAAUCAGGUUUUUCUUUCUGCAGAGAGCUUUACAGUUCAAAAACAGGUCCAAACACUCAAAAGAUCUUCUGAAUUUACUACCUGGAACCAAACCAGGUCUGCCUUUUAGUAUAAAGCUGCACGUAGAAACAAAAAAUGCCAAACCAUAUAGGAGAGAGAGACCUGUUCAUUAUUGACAUGAGAACUGAUCGCAUUUUAAAGCUAAUAUGGAAACCAAUACAACUCCCAUUCUUUCUAAUGGCUAGCAAGAGCUAACCUCACUGAUUGAAAAGAGAAUUUCAGUUGUGUUGAAGUUUUAUGUGACCUCGGUUAACACUUUCCAGGUGAAUUUAUGGUUUCAAUUCCUAGUUUUAACCUUUUUCUUUUCAAAUAUAACAUGAUUUUUAUUGUAAAUUGAGUGAAGAAAAACAGGAUACGCUUUAGUGUGUGUGAUCGGCAAGUUGAUCGACCUGCUCAGUUCGAGGAGUCGCAACAAGAAUUUGAGAACUAGUAGUUGAUGUCACCACAGACAACUUUUAUAUACAGUCUUUGGCUGUGAUGUAUAUAAUCCAUCCUCCAAGCUAAUAAAAGCUUGUAACAUACACACA